UCCAUGCUGUCGCCAGGAACACCGCUUCCGCAUCAAGACUCGCACGAAAUUCAUCAAGACUGAUCCUUUCGAACUCACGGACAACACUAUUCCCGAGGUCCCCUACGACCGAAUCCCGAAGACAUGCAACCACCUCCCUCGCUGUCCCCUACGACCGGAGCUUCACUGCCCGCGAGGUUGAAGGCCACCACAGGCCGCGCACAAACUAUAUCACCGCGCCCCUAUCUCUGCACUCUUCGAUGUCGGAGGUCCCCUACGACCGAAUUCCGACACGCCGCAACAAUAUUAACGGCCCCCUUCCCGUCUCUACGACUCGAAGUCGAAGGCCCUUUCCCGCGGUCUCACACAAUCUAUCCCUUACAUUUCCUUCGCCAUGUCAGUCUCUCGAUUUACUAUGUUUUUUUUCUCCUCUUUUUCCUUUUAUCGGUAUGUCCGUCUCUUUUUGUGACUUAUGGACACGUUUUCCCUCAUUUCGUUCAUCUCUUUCAUCUACAAUAUUUUAUCUCAUCGACGAUGUUUCUGUAUUUUUAUACGUGUACGGUACGAGUAUCAAUGGCCUGUAGUUUCGGAAUCCAAUCUAGUUUUGUAUACUCUUCGGACACGCUAGCGCUUGAUAUUGAUCGUGCGCAUGAAAGGUGAAGAUUAUAAUCAUCGAGGCAUUAACUUGACCUCGCUAGUAUUGGCAUGGCCCGCAGAAAAUAAUAAUACAGUACUGGGACACCAUGGAAUGUAU